UAGCUCUGCGGACGCCGCCACCUUCGGCCCCUCUUCCUCCUGCUCCGGCGUGCGGGGGCAGUCCGGCGGCGGCGCUGCCCUGGGUGGGCGACUGGGCCCGCGCGGCGGCUGAACACUCGGCGCGGCGCAGCCAGGUCUCCAGCCUGUGCGGCGCCGUGACAGGUGCAGAGUCCCGAUUAAGGCUCCACCUGCGGCGGUCGCCGCGAUGCCCACCAUGCGGAGGACAGUGUCGGAAAUCCGCUCCCGCGCGGAGGGUUAUGAGAAGACCGAUGAUGUCUCAGAGAAGACUUCACUGGCUGACCAGGAGGAAGUACGGACUAUAUUCAUCAACCAGCCCCAGCUGACAAAAUUCUGCAAUAAUCAUGUCAGCACUGCAAAAUACAACAUAAUCACAUUCCUUCCAAGAUUUCUCUACUCUCAGUUCAGAAGAGCUGCUAACUCAUUUUUUCUCUUUAUUGCACUGCUUCAGCAAAUACCUGAUGUAUCACCAACAGGUCGCUAUACAACACUGGUUCCUCUCUUAUUUAUUUUAGCUGUGGCAGCUAUCAAAGAGAUCAUAGAAGAUAUUAAACGACAUAAAGCUGAUAAUGCAGUGAACAAGAAACAGACACAAGUUUUGAGAAAUGGUGCUUGGGAAAUUGUGCACUGGGAAAAGGUGGCAGUAGGGGAAAUAGUGAAAGUGACCAAUGGGGAACAUCUCCCAGCAGAUCUCAUCAGCCUUUCCUCAAGCGAGCCCCAGGCCAUGUGCUACAUUGAAACAUCCAACUUAGAUGGUGAAACAAACCUGAAAAUUAGGCAGGGCUUACCAGCAACAUCAGAUAUAAAAGACAUUGACAGUUUGAUGAGAAUUUCUGGCAGAAUCGAGUGUGAAAGUCCAAACAGACAUCUGUACGAUUUUGUUGGAAACAUAAGGCUUGAUGGACAUAGCACUGUCCCCCUGGGAGCAGAUCAGAUUCUUCUUCGAGGCGCCCAGUUGAGAAAUACACAGUGGGUUCAUGGAGUAGUUGUCUACACUGGACAUGACACCAAGCUGAUGCAGAAUUCAACAAGUCCACCACUUAAACUCUCAAAUGUGGAACGGAUUACAAAUGUACAAAUUUUGAUUUUAUUUUGUAUCUUAAUUGCCAUGUCUCUUAUCUGUUCUGUGGGCUCAGCCAUUUGGAAUCGGAGGCAUUCUGGGAAGGACUGGUAUCUCAACCUAAACUAUGGUGGUGCUAAUAAUUUUGGACUGAAUUUCUUGACCUUCAUCAUCCUUUUCAACAAUCUCAUUCCUAUCAGCUUGUUGGUUACAUUAGAAGUGGUGAAAUUUACCCAGGCAUACUUCAUAAAUUGGGAUCUCGACAUGCACUAUGAACCCACAGACACUGCUGCUAUGGCUCGAACAUCUAAUCUGAACGAGGAACUUGGCCAGGUAAAAUACAUAUUUUCUGACAAAACUGGCACUCUGACCUGCAAUGUAAUGCAGUUUAAGAAGUGCACCAUAGCUGGAGUUGCUUAUGGCCAUGUCCCUGAACCUGAGGAUUAUGGCUGUUCUCCUGAUGAAUGGCAGAGCUCACAGUUUGGAGACGAAAAAACAUUUAGUGAUUCGUCAUUGCUGGAAAACCUCCAAAAUAAUCAUCCAACUGCACCCAUAAUAUGUGAAUUUCUUACAAUGAUGGCCGUUUGUCACACAGCAGUACCAGAGCGAGAAGGCGAUAAGAUUAUUUAUCAAGCAGCAUCUCCAGAUGAGGGAGCGUUGGUCAGAGCAGCUAAGCAACUGAAUUUUGUUUUUACUGGAAGAACACCGGACUCAGUGAUUAUAGAUUCACUGGGGCAAGAAGAAAGAUAUGAAUUACUCAAUGUUCUGGAAUUCACCAGCGCGAGAAAAAGAAUGUCAGUGAUUGUUCGGACUCCGUCCGGGAAGUUACGACUUUACUGCAAAGGAGCUGACACUGUAAUAUAUGAUAGACUGGCAGAGACGUCAAAAUACAAAGAAAUUACCCUAAAACAUUUAGAGCAGUUUGCUACAGAAGGGUUAAGAACUUUAUGUUUCGCUGUGGCUGAGAUUUCGGAGAGCGACUUUGAGGAAUGGCGAGCGGUCUAUCAGCGCGCAUCCACGUCUGUGCAGAACCGGCUGCUGAAGCUCGAAGAGAGUUAUGAGUUGAUUGAAAAGAAUCUUCAGCUACUUGGAGCUACAGCCAUUGAGGAUAAAUUACAAGAUCAAGUGCCUGAAACUAUAGAAACUCUCAUGAAAGCAGACAUCAAAAUCUGGAUCCUUACAGGGGACAAGCAAGAAACCGCCAUUAACAUUGGACACUCCUGCAAACUUUUGAGGAAGAAUAUGGGAAUGAUUGUUAUAAAUGAAGGCUCUCUUGAUGCAACGAGGGAAACUCUUAGUCGCCACUGCACUACCCUUGGUGAUGCUCUUCGAAAAGAGAAUGAUUUUGCUCUUAUAAUUGAUGGGAAAACCCUCAAGUACGCCUUAACUUUUGGAGUAAGACAGUAUUUCCUGGACUUAGCUUUGUCGUGCAAAGCUGUAAUUUGCUGCAGGGUUUCUCCUCUUCAAAAAUCUGAAGUUGUUGAGAUGGUUAAGAAACAAGUCAAAGUCAUAACGCUUGCAAUCGGUGAUGGAGCCAACGACGUCAGCAUGAUACAGACAGCACACGUUGGUGUUGGUAUAAGUGGCAAUGAAGGCCUUCAGGCAGCCAAUUCUUCCGAUUACUCCAUAGCCCAGUUCAAGUACUUGAAGAAUUUAUUGAUGGUGCAUGGUGCCUGGAACUAUAACAGAGUCUCCAAGUGCAUUUUGUACUGCUUCUACAAGAAUAUAGUCCUCUAUAUUAUUGAGAUCUGGUUUGCCUUUGUUAAUGGCUUUUCUGGACAGAUCCUCUUUGAGAGAUGGUGUAUAGGUCUUUAUAAUGUGAUGUUUACAGCAAUGCCUCCUUUAACUCUCGGAAUAUUUGAGAGAUCAUGCAGAAAAGAGAAUAUGUUGAAGUAUCCUGAAUUAUACAAAACAUCUCAGAAUGCCCUGGACUUCAACACCAAGGUUUUCUGGGUUCAUUGUUUAAAUGGCCUCUUCCACUCAGUUAUUCUGUUUUGGUUUCCACUAAAAGCCCUUCAGUAUGGUAAUGUAUUUGGAAAUGGGAAAACCUCCGAUUAUCUGCUGUUGGGAAACUUUGUUUACACGUUUGUGGUGAUAACCGUGUGUUUGAAAGCUGGAUUGGAGACCUCAUAUUGGACAUGGUUCAGCCACAUAGCGAUUUGGGGCAGCAUCGUGCUCUGGGUGGUGUUUUUUGGCAUCUACUCAUCUCUGUGGCCCGCCGUUCCGAUGGCCCCUGAUAUGUCAGGAGAGGCUGCCAUGUUGUUUAGUUCUGGCGUCUUCUGGAUGGGCCUGUUAUUUAUCCCUGUGGCAUCUUUGCUUCUUGAUGUGGUGUACAAGGUUAUCAAGAGGACCGCUUUUAAAACAUUAGUAGAUGAAGUUCAGGAGCUGGAGGCAAAAUCUCAAGACCCAGGUGCAGUUGUGCUUGGAAAAAGCCUCACGGAGAGGGCGCAACUGCUCAAGAACGUCUUUAAGAAGAACCACGUGAACUUGUACCAGUCUGAAUCGUUGCAACAAAACCUGCUCCACGGGUAUGCUUUCUCACAAGACGAGAAUGGAAUCGUGUCACAGUCUGAGGUGAUUCGAGCAUACGAUACCACAAAGCAGAGACCCGACGAGUGGUGACGGGACGGGGGCUGCGAGGCGCAAGGGCUGCUAGGGCUCUAAGGAGAGCUCCCAGGUCUUACCGGAUCUGCUGACCAAUUCCAGUCUGGUCCCAGGAGGGCAGAGUGGAUCUGAGCUCAUCUCAUUGAUUGACCGUCAGAUUCGUGUAUAUUACAGACAUAAGCACUGUGCAACUCUACUGUAACACCAUCUCUUUCAGAUUUUUUAAAGUAUUUGCUAAGUCUUUGUAAGCAGAAAUUGAAAAUGACCUUGUCACCUUGCCAGAAUGCUUUCUUAAACUGAGAAUAGGUCAGUGGUCUUAAGCCAUUACUCUGGGGCUGUAACUGACUAUCAAUUUAUUGGAUAUAUACCACAAGGCAACCAACCAUGAAAAAACUCCAAAGUGGUAGUAAUUUAUAGGGACUCUUGAUAUCCAGACUUAGAUUUCAGAAUAUGCUGAAAAAAACCAGCACUCUUCUCUAGGAACUGACUCAUCUUCCUGAGCAAAAUUUCUAAACAAGACAUUAACAAGUGUUUGUGUCAAAAAUUGUCUUGAUAAAUGUUUGCCAAAGACAUUCAGUAAGUGUAUUUCUCAUUCAGUAGUCAUUUGCCCAGAAAGUUAAGAGAAAGUUUACCUCCAGCUCUGCUGUAAGAUCUGCAUGCUUGACUUUUCAAAUAUAAGAGUGAUUUGCAAAAACGAGUAUUUCAAGGCAUUUGCUACUAAAAUCCGUGAUGUUGCACCUUUGGCCUUACACGUGCUUCUUUCUUGUUUGUCUUGUUUACUUGUUAACGUUGGAGGACAUAUGUGGCAAUGUGACUCUGUCAUUAUGAUACUGAUUUCUAAACUGUAUGUAUGUCUCCAUCAUCUCUGAUGAUCGGUCCUCAUCGUUUAGAUUUUUCUAAAAAUCUGGCUUCUGCUGAAGACUGAGUGCUGUCCUUUUAUCUUAACGUUUUCUCUCUCAAGAAAAAUAUGCUUAGAUAUUUAUGUGAGCUCCCCAGUGCUUGCGUGGAGAUGUUUGGAAUACCGCGCUGGAUAACUGCAUGGGCUUUUGUAAUGUACAUAGGCUCAGCUUUUGUCCUGUGUCUGGGAUCUGCCUACUAGUCCGUGCUAGAGAUGCCUGCUGGCACACACAGCACACCCCGUGUUCUGGUGACCACCCCUGUACUUAGCCCUGAGAAUUACUUCACAGUUCGCUAGUCAAGCAGCUUCCCCAAAUUAGUCACAUGCUGCUAAUCGGGACAAAUAAGUAGCACAUAUUCCCCAUUUUAAAAACACCUGUUUUACUCAAGCCUGUAACUUUACGGUCAGAGACACUCUUCAUCACAAGUAGAUUUUGUUACUAUGUUUUUAAAUGUAUGUUCAGUUUAAUUUUUUUCAGCAUUUCCAAGCCAUCUCCUGAAAAAUGCCUAUUUUGCUACCAACAAUAAAUGGUGAAGGGGCUGUUUAAAAACCGCAACCAGUUUUCUAUACUCUUUUUAAAAUAAUGCUUUCGUUUAAAAAAAUAAAUAAAAAGAAAUUCGAGUUUUCAGAUACACUUCAGAGAUUGAAACUAACUUUUUGCCUUUUAUUCAGAAGCCUGUUUGCCUUUAAGUGGACUUACCAGCAAAAUAGGUAGAACUUCCUCUUUAAAAAAAAAAAAAAAGU